AUGUCCGAACCCAUCAAUUCAACGGGAGAAGAUAAUAAUCCAUUUUGGAGAAGAUGGAUCCCAGGAACUAAUGCUUCAGAAGAAAACAGUCAAGAUACUCCUACUAAUUCGUCUUCUGAACACCAGGACGAAGGAUGGCUGAAAAGGUAUAUACCAGCUUGGUUCUCCAAUCAAGAAAGUUUAGAAAUCAGCGACAGUACAUCAUACCAUCAGCUUACCAAAAAACAAAUUAAAAUAUUGGAAAAUGAAGCAGAGCAAGGAAUACUUAAAGGACAUGAUACAUGUUGCUGGUUUAAUGAAACUUUGAAUAAUAAAUUACUCGAUUCUGAUGGGGUUUUAUCCGUUUACAACACUGGCAGCGCGACUUGUCCCUUGCCAUUGUCCAAAUAUCCAUUAUUACCACAGCGAAAAUCUACUAUCAUAAAUGCCAAAAAUUCAACUAUCAUACCAGGUGUUUCUCCAACUGAGUACAUGCAUGAACUGCCACUUAAAACGAAAUUAGCCCAUGCCAUAAAAAACCAUUACAAUUUUAUCAGUGAGAAACAUCUUUACUUAAAACAGCAUUCCACUCUUAAUUUCAAUGAAGACACCAUAAUAGUCAUAUCAUUACACGGAUCUUUGCCCGAAAAGUAUGAACGUGUUUCGACCGGAAAGCUUCCAACAGCACUGGAGCUUAACGAUCAAAUGCUCAAGAAGCUACUAAACUUUGAUCCUCAUAGAGCGCUCACCUUUUCGUUCGAAUGCCCGCUUGAUGUCAAACCAACUCCAAUGGUUUUGCAAGAAACCAUAUCACUACUUAAAAAUUGGAUGCAUCUAUUCCAGGAUGCAACUCGAAUAUUUGUUAUUGGGACCUACCAUAGCGUUCCUCUAUCAAUUCUGUUGACAGACGCAAUACUCGAUAAUUUCACGAUUACCAAAUUAAAGUCUAUUGGGAUUCUUGGUUUUGAAUCUUGUUUACAAGGAUAUCAAUUUUGGAACCAUACAGCUGAAAUUACACCCCAGAGUAUGGAAAACCCAACCUUCCAGGUGAAUAAAGAAAAAGCACUCUUCGAGGGUUCAUCCAAGUUACAACAAGAAGUUUUAUCUACUUAUAGGAAUUAUCGGAAUCCCGACGGGCCUGAAAGAAAAGAGCUUAUGAAUGUACUUGAUAAACUCUUAUUUCAUCAUCCGAAUUUGAGGAUAUCUUUGGUCGGCAAACUCUAUGAUAAUUUUUUGACUGUGUCUCAAAAGUUAGCUAUGGAUUAUAUUCAUCCAAUGAUCCAGAGGAGGUUAUGGUGUGAUGGUAAUAAUAUGAACUUGAACUAUAUUAAUGUUGCUAAGGCUAUACCAGACGAAACAAUGAUUAAUUUGGAACAAAGUUUCAAAAUUCCUAUACCUGAGGAACGAGAAUUCGAAGUUAGUAUAAUGAAUAAUAUGCUAUUAGCAAUAAAUCUAGGACAUAGACAAUUCAUUCCUUUUCUUAACGAAUUAAGCCCUUUUUACAUUUCAAGAUCCUUCAACUCGUCGACCUGCCCAGCUCUCUUAAAGAAGCAGCUUCAGACAGAAUCUAAAGCUUGGCAGCAAGAAAAGGAUGCCAGCUUCAAGGAAAUGGUUACAGACAGUGAAAAAAUCCUACCAAAAGAUAUUACUACCUAUCGUGUAGCAUUUGAUUAUCUUCACUAUAAAUCUCAUAGAAGUCCUGACGAUAUUGAACUAAAGACGUCUAUUUUCAAUGAUAUAUCAAUUCUCGAAGGUUUUAUCUACGAUAACAUUUUCACAGCAAAUCUUCAAGCCCCCGUUCAUCUCAUGAUGCACCACUCGUCUGACAACAGUAAAGUGCUAAACAGCGUCAACGAAUACAACCUUGUGUGGAAUUUUCAUGAAGUAAUGAGCAGUUUUAUUAGAAUCAGGAACUUCCCCACAUUACCUGGACCACCGGUAAUAACAGCUUGCAUGGAAACUCCAAAUUCUCAGAGCCAACGAAUCGAAAUAACAAAGGCAAUCUUUGAUAAUACUAACUUGGAAUCAUGCAAAAGGAUGGAACAACUCUGGAGGACUUACCAAACAUGGAACCCAAAUACGACGGGCUUAAAGAAACUACAUAAUAUAUUAAGUGUUCUCCGGCUUUAUGACUCUGGAGAGCAAUUGCAAAAGGAUGUAUCAAUUGUUUAA